AUGCCGUCGCAAUCGCGCUCGCGCUCGAGGCCGCACCUCUCGCACAGGGGCACGUCGCGGUCCUCAAUUCCUUACUUGCCCGGAGGACCGCAGGACCUGAUCCUGCCGGAGGGGACCGUUGGUGAGGAGGCGGCAGAGCUGCUUCAGGAGUUUGUGCGCCCGCAUCACCACUCGGAGGAUACGCUCAUCGAAGAGGAGGACGACGCCCCGGAAGAGGACGCCGAAUUGCUCGCUCAAGCAAAGGAAUAUCACAAGACGCUCCCGUGGUGGAAGAGGCCGAGCGGGUACUGGUUCCUCUGGCUCAUGCCGUUAUCGUCGAUCGCAAUGAGCACGACGAUUGCGCCUCGGAUCGAGAUCUAUACUAUGCUCGCGUGCGACGCCCACAAGCCGGAGUACACUGCGGGACAUGGCUUGGAGGAUCUUGGAAUCCAUCUACCGUUCAGCAGUCGAUCCUCCGGCGAAAUUGCGAUCGCAGGUUCUUCCGAGCCUGCUGACCUUUCCCCCAUAUCCCCCAUAGAUCCACCAGCAAUCAACUUCGCGACAGCAUUCGAGAACGGAUCGAACAAUGGCACUGUAUUGCCGAACCCCAAGCUCUGUCGCUCAGAUCCCGAGGUCCAAGCAGCGGUCGCUAGGCUCACUGCUACGUUGACCACUGGCCAAGGCAUUCUCGCAAUUCUUACCACGGCGUGGUGGGGCUCACUCUCUGACAGGCUCGGACGAACUCGUGUCAUAGGCGCAACCAUUAUCGGCGUGCUGUUGAUGGACUUUAACUUCAUCUUCGUGACCCUGUUCGCGAAGCGGCUUCCUGGUGGCUACUGGUUCCUACUCGUUGGCCCGUUGAUAGAAGGGUGCCUUGGCGGGUUAUCGUCAGCUCAGGCUGCUGUGCACGCAUAUGUGUCUGACUGUACAGAGCCGGCGCAGCGAGCUCGCAUAUUCUCGUUGAACAUGGGCCUGCUGUUCAUCGGCAUGGCGCUCGGGCCCACUCUGGGUGGUAUCAUCAUACGAGUUACUGGCAACAUUCUCUCCGUCUUCUAUCUCGCUGCGUGUGUGCACGCGCUGUACUGCUUCGUCAACUGGGUUAUCCUCCCUGAGUCUCUGACGCGCGCCCAGAUGGCUGCGGCUCGCAGAAAGUACCGGGCGAUGAUCGCCGCUAGGAAGGAAGAGACAUCGUCCAUGAGUGCAUUGGCAGCGGCAGCUUUCCAUGUCAAGCGCGUCCUGAUGUUUUUCACGCCGCUCGCGAUCUUUUUGCCGAUAACGAAGUCCAGCGGUAACCCUCUGAAGGGCAAGAAGCGCGACUGGAACCUCACGCUCGUCGUUGCCGCUCACGGCUGCGUCAUUCUGAUUAUUGGAUCCUACACGUACAAGUUCCAAUAUGCUCAAUCUAAAUUCAACUGGAACUCUGAGAAUGUCGGUUACUGGAUGAGCCUAGUUGGCGCCUCGAGGGCGGUUCAUCUCUGCGUCAUCCUACCUCUGAUCAUCAAACUAUUCAAACCCAAGGCCCAACCAAUCGAGCUCCCGAUCGAGCCUUCCGAACCGUUGCAACCUCGUUCUAUGGGUGAAGAGGCGUCUUACGGGUCCAGUUCUACCAGUGGUGGCCCUCCGGGAUCAAGGGAUCACCACCACCAGCUGGGUGCCCAUAGGCAUACCCACUCCUUAACAUUCGACCUUUGGAUUGCCAGGGUCUCGAUGUUGAUCGAGGUCGUAGCAUAUACCGUGAUGGGCCUCGCGAGCAACGGAACGGUCUUCACUCUUGCUGGCAUGGCUGGCAGUCUAGGUGCCGGUUUUGGCCCUGCCAUCCAGAGCGUCGCGGUGGAAUUAUUCAAUGCCAGGGGAGGCGUAGAAAUUGGUAAACUGUUCGGUGCAAUGGCACUCAUCCAGGCCAUCUGCUCGCACAUUAUCGGGCCAGCGACGUUUGGUGUGCUCUACAUGAAGACAGUUGCGACUUUCCCCGGCGCUAUCUUCUUCAUAUCCACUGGCGCCGUGGGCUCCGCAUUCUUGUUGCUGUGUUUCGUUCGCGUCCCUGCGCCUUCGCCUGUUGACGCUGAAGAGCAGCCGCUCGCUCACCCGGCUCAAGAGGACACGUUGGUUGACACCUCGGCUUCGGAUGGAGGUCGGAAGUAA